AUGUCCAAAGAUAACAGUUCACAAGAAUAUCUUGAUUUAAAAACUGAAUUACGUUCGAUACUGAUUAGUUCUCCGCAAGGUUGCAGCGAACAACAGUUACUCAAAGAUUAUGCAGUCUAUAACGGACGGAAAGAAAUUCCCUUUCGUCAAAUGGGUUAUGCGAAUCUACAGGAAUUAUUGGCAUCAAUGCCUGACGUAGCCAAUAUCGAUUAUAAUAAAAAUCCAGUGAUUAUUCACGGUGUUGCUGAUCAACACACGAUGCACAUAAAGAAACUUGUUAUGGCACAAAAAAGAAAGAAACCUGCGCGAACUUCUCGUGCUCCAGUGAACAGAUACAGUGGAUACAAUCCACGUAUUCCAUUCAAUGCACCAAUGACUUAUCCAAAAAGUCGAGCGCAAGCUACUGGAUUUAUUAAUAAUGGUGUGCCACAUCAACCUUUUCAUCAAAUCCAGAAUACUACUAGAAGUCCAUGGGAUACACGUGGCCUAUCCAAUGGUCCUGUACCAUCGCCUUAUCUAUCGUCUGCGAUCAAUAAUAUGAACUUGAAUUCCACCCAUCAAACUCUCAUUGGAACAAAUCAAACAUCAACGAAUAAAAUGGUCGCCUCAUUCCCUCCCAAAAGUACUCCAACGCCAACGCCACUCAUGGCCGGACAAACAGAUGCUCCUGAUUUGAUGACUGUUCAAAUAACGCCAACGAUGGACGAUAAUGCCUCAGUAGUAGAUGAUGAUUCAUACUAUUCCGAGGACGAGGAAUUAGCGAGUUACGAUGCUCAACUAGCAAGCAAACAUGGAGAGAAUAUAGUUCUUCUUCGAAGACGAAUCCGACAGUUGUUGCUGAAAUUUACCAAUGGUUUGUGGCUGUCCAAUAUUCAGAAGCUUUACAAUAAAACGUUCAACGAAGAGUUAAACCUUGAUGAUUAUAAAUUAAAAAAUCUAAUGGGCUUCUUUGAAUGUGUAUCUGAUUUUGUUGAUUCUCAACGUGAUCGAUCUGCAAACUCAUCCGAUCGGAUACUGCUAUUAAAGCCAGCAUGUGUCGAAACAGUUAAAAGAGAACAGCAAGCACCAAUGCCGCCAAAAUUAAAUAUUCCACUAUCCAGUCCAAGAGACAAUCAAAAUUCACUUAGACUUCCCCCCAAUAACAUAAAUCCACCCAUCGUGGAUUUAUCAUCAUUUGUUCUACCCGAUUUCUAUUAUAAAAGAAUCGAAUACACACCAGAUAAACCAUUUGAGGGAUUUCUGGGUAGUAUAGAAGAUCUAUGGAACAUACACAUUGGGAAUGUUCAAUUUAUUUCACAACGUGAUGAUAUGAUGGAACGAUUGCAAGAACAUUAUCGUCAGUCAUGCAAUCAGCCAAUCUAUAUAAUUCCAUUUGAACAACUAGCAGUCAAUCUAGCUUGUAUUUAUCAGCAUGUCGAUGAUCGAUACUAUCGUUCAUAUAUCUUGGAAAUUGAAACGACACAUCAUUCGGACAUCAAUGUCCUGAAAAUCUAUCUUGUUGACUAUGGUCUCAUUAUAUCUGAUAUCAAUUGUCACACGAAUUCGACGAAUCUGAAAUUCCUUCAUAAGGACUUUUCAGUCCUAUCGACACGAGUUUACAAAUGUCGUUUCGCUAACAUUUACUACCCAGACGGAGACACUGCAUGGUUAGACAAUGUGAAAGAGUAUGUUAAAGAGUUAUGUCCAGACAGCAGUUUCCGCGUGGAAACCAUCGGAAAUAUAGAUGGUGUUUAUUGUGUGAACUUAUGGUCGCAUUCGAAUCGAGAGCGUUCAAUUAAUCAAUUGCUUCUUGAACGAGGUCUAGCGUACGAACAUGACGAUUAUCUUGAUGCCCAGUUCCAACCUGUUUAUCCUUUGGAAAUCCCAUUAAAUACCAAGGAUACAUACUCUCAUAUCCGUGAUCAAGACUCAUUGAUAAACAAUCUUGAAGAAAACAAUAUAAAAUACUAUAAAAUCUCCAUCGAACAUGCGUAUUAUUUUGUAAAACAUCCAUAUACGAAACGACCUUGUUUACCAUGUUUCGAAGUGGCUCGAUUGUUGAAUAACACUGAAAGCUAUAUUUCCCAAUUGAACCUUAUCCGAGAAACCGAUUUGUCCUAUUCGGAAUCACAACGAACGUUGUUCAAUGACUUACGCUGCUUACCUGAGUCAAGUAAAUGUCUUCAUAUCAAUCAAAAAGAUGACAGUGCAACAAUAAAACUCUAUGAUUUGAGUUGUAUUCGUGAUUAUCUUAUCCGAAUUAAGUUUCAAGAAGGCGAUGUCAUCGAUGCUUUUCAACAAGAAUACGAUGACUACGAACGACCAGGAUAUUGGAAUGAAAAUAAAAAUUCCUAUAUAAAUCACGAAAAUUUCCAAUCAACUCAAGAGAAUUUAUAUCAACGACGGGAUAUAUUGCAUUUUCGCAGAGAUCAAUUAGUCUCCCUCUCUCAUGCUCAUCAGAAUGUGGCAACUGAAAAUGAAAUACAGGAGAUUAGUCAAGAAUUGGAUGACAUUGAAAACAAAUGUCAUAUCAACAAGCCCAUGCCCUCUUCAAGCACUGUAGCUCGAUCGUCGUCGUCAACAUCGAAUUUCCAAGUAUCCAAUCGCAAAAUGCGCGAAACACUCUUUCGUAUUGCACGUCCAUUUGACCAACAGUUCUCAUUAAACAUACGUUUCAAUCAUCGAUUAAUCACCGACGACACGAUGAUUGAUGACGAUAUCGAAGAGUGCUUUCAAGACUUGUAUCGUAUAACCAGAAAUGUUGUCCAUUUCUUUACAUUAGAGUCUGAGAUUUCCGAUGAGGAAAAUCGAGGUUUAUUUCAAGAAGCAGAUUAUCUCUCGUCGGGUCUGAUUGAUCAUCAGAUUCCAUUGCAUAAGCGUAUCGAAACAUACAACUCUUGUUUGCAAAUAAUUGAACAUUUUCAACCCAUUCUUCGCAGCUAUGUCCAACGAACAGACUUGCUUGACACAAUCUAUUGA